CCUUUUUUAAAAAAAGUUAAUAUAAAAUUAUAGCAAAAAAGGAACCUGAACUUUAGUAACACAGCUGGAACAAUCCGCAGCGGCGGCGGCAGCGGCGGGAGAAGAGAUUUAAUUUAGUUGAUUUUCUGUGGUUGUUGGUUGUUCGCUAGUCUCACGGUGAUGGAAGCUGCACAUUUUUUCGAAGGGACCGAGAAGCUGCUGGAGGUUUGGUUCUCCCGGCAGCAACCUGACGCAAACCAAGGAUCUGGGGAUCUUCACACCAUCCCAAGAUACAAUGAGAGUAGCAUGUUUGCCUCCAAGAGACGUUUCAUUUUGAAGACAUGUGGUACCACCCUCUUGCUGAAAGCACCGGUUCCCCUGUUGAAACUUGCUAGGGAUUACAAUGGGUUUGACUCAAUUCAAAGCUUCUUUUAUUUUCGUAAGAAUUUCAUGAAGCCUUCUCACCAGUACCCACACGGGAAUUUCCAGGAAGAAAUAGAGUUUCUUAAUGCAAUUUUCCCAAAUGGAGUUGCAUAUUGUAUGGGACGCAUGAAUUCCAAUUGUUGGUACUUGUAUACUUUGGAUUUCCCAGAGAGUCGAGUAAUCAAUCAGCCAGAUCAAACCCUGGAAAUUCUGAUGAGUGAGCUUGACCCAGCAGUUAUGGACCAGUGCUACAUGAAAGAUGGUAUUACUGCAAAGGAUGUCACUCAUGAGAGUAGAAUUCGUGAUCUGAAACCAGGUUCUGUCAUUGAUGCCACACUGUUCGAUCCUUGUGGGUAUUCAAUGAAUGGAAUGAAAUCAGAUGGAACUUACUGGACUAUCCACAUCACUCCAGAACCAGAAUUUUCUUAUGUUAGCUUUGAAACAAACAUAAGUCAGACCUCCUAUGAUGACCUGAUCAGGAGAGUUGUGGAAGUCUUCAAGCCAGGAAAAUCUGUGACCACCCUGUUUGCAAAACAGAGUUCUAAAUGUCGCACAGUGCUUUCUUCGCCCCAGAAGAUUGAAGGUUUUAAAGGUCUUGAUUUCCAGAGCGCUCUAUUCAGUGAUUACAAUUUUGUUUUUACCAGUUUUGCUAAGAAGCAUCAACAACAGCAGAGAUGA